UUGAAUGCGCAGUUGGUCAUACUGCUGAACUGACAGUACGGUCAGAAAAUGGUUGCAAAGUAAAGAUGGCAGUGAGAGGUGAUGCACGAAUUCUCCUCCUCGGAAUUUUAUGUAUUUUCUUGUUAAAAUCAUGUAAUGGAGCCGCGACAGAUAUUGAAUUAGACGCAAAAGCACAGUUGUUACAUAGACUUGAUAGUUUAAAUCUUUUAUUAUAUACAUUUUUAUUGAUAUUAACUGUUUUAACAAUAUGGACAUUUAAGCAUCGUCGUCUUAGGUUCCUCCAUGAAACUGGUCUAGCUGUCAUUUACGGAUUAAUUAUAGGGGCAAUAAUUCGUUAUGGUUUUACAACAAGUAGUACCAUUCUUCAUAUGCCUGUUGUGCCAGACAACAGUAGUAAAUAUAAUCAAUCAGUUCCUCCAGAUACCUUAUGGUUACGUUUUCCAGAAGAUAAAGGAGGUGGUGUUAUUAAAAAUAAGACAUUUGCCUAUUCAUUUAGGGGAGAGAUUUAUAAGCAAGAUAAUGAGAUAGAUUUGAAGGCCACCUUUGAUCCUGAAAUAUUUUUUAACAUUAUUUUACCACCAAUCAUUUUCCAUGCUGGGUAUAGUUUAAAACGUAAAUACUUCUUUAGAAACUUAGGAGCAAUUCUUAUGUAUGCUUUAAUUGGAACAUCUAUAUCAGCUUUUGUUAUUGGAGCUUUGAUGUAUGCCUUUGUGCAAUUAAUACCACAUCUUUCUGCUUCAUUUACAUUUUUGGAUACCUUAUAUUUUGGUGCAUUAAUAUCUCCUACGGAUCCACUGACAAUAAUUUCUAUUUUUAAUGAUUUACAUGUAGAUGUAAAUUUAUAUGCUUUAGUAUUUGGAGAAAGUGUGUUAAAUGAUGCAGUUGCAAUUGUACUUAGUGGUGCCAUACAAAAUUAUGGAGAACGUUAUCAAUCAGGUUCAGGCGGAUUUGAAACUGUAGCAUUUUUCCAAGCAUUUGGUGAUUUUGUUGGAAUAUUUAGCUUAUCUUUAUUUAUUGGUGCUACCAUGGGCUGUAUCACUGCUUUGUUAACUAAAUUUACUAGAGUCAGAGAUUUUCCACUUUUGGAAUCAGCAUUAUUUGUUUUAAUGUCUUAUAGCACAUUCUUAAUUGCUGAAGCAUCUGAUCUUACAGGUGUAGUCGCUGUCUUAUUCUGUGGUAUUUGUCAAGCACAUUACACGUAUAAUAACUUAAGUCCGGAUUCGCGGCAACGGACGAAACAAUUGUUUGAACUUUUAAAUUUUUUAGCUGAGAACUUUAUAUUCAGUUACAUUGGUGUUACAAUGUUUACUUUUCCGAAACAUCAUUUCGAUCCAGGAUUUAUUUUUGCAGGAUUUCUUUGUGCAUUAUUAGGUCGGGCAGCCAAUGUAUAUCCAUUAUCUUUUAUAUUGAAUUUAGCGCGAAAACCAAAGAUAUCGUUAAAUUAUCAGCAUAUGUUAUUUUUUGCUGGUUUACGUGGAGCCAUGAGUUUUGCUCUGGCUAUCAGAAAUACUGUUUCGGAUGCUCGGCAGGCUAUGUUAACAACAACGAGUUUAAUUGUAAUUCUGACAGUCAUCUUCCAGGGUGGCGCAACAACCCAGUUUUUGAGCUGGUUUAAUAUACCAGUUGGAGUAGAUGAAGAAAUAGAAGGAUUAUCACACAAUGGAAUGCGCAGUUCUGGUGGCGAAGGUGGCUUUGGAGAUCUGGACAUACAUAGGGAGAGAAGUCCGCCGUAUAAUUCUAUGCAGGAUGGAUCAUUACCAGGCAGUGGCAUAAAACCUAAUGAAAAAGCAUUACUUGCUAGAAUCUGGGGUGACUUUGAUACUCGCUACAUGAAACCACUUUUAACUCACUCCAGGCCUACAUUAUUAGAAACAUUACCAGUUUGUUGCACACCUCUAGCCAGGAUUCUUACAACAACACAACAAAUGACACAGGAUGAAGCUGUUAGAAAAGCAGAUUCAGAUUCAGAUUUUUGUCUCGAAGAUCGUGAACUGGAACGUCGAAGGAGUAGUAUUCAACCGACACAUGUAAGGAGCUCUCCAAACAGAAUACAUUUAUAAGAGUAAAUCUAAUAUAAUUUAUGAAGUUGUAUACAUUUUUGGGGGAAUUUGGCUGCAUUGAUUUAAGCAUUAAGUAAUUACUCUCUUUGUUGUACAAUAUGCCAUAAAUAUUUAUACUACUUAACAUUAAUAUGUUAUUUCACACAGACUCUAAUUCGGUAUGUUUAAUUUCUAAUAUUCUCUAAUUUUGAUACCAGAUAAAUUUUAAUUUCUUCAAAUGAUACAAAACAUGCUUUCUGAUAGAUUGUAAUCAACAUCUCAGAUAAUACUUAAUGAGAAAAGUAUGACAUAGGUAUGUGCGUAUGCAAUGUUGGUGUCAAAUAUUACAUAUUACUAUUGUAUUAUAGCUUCUAUAAAUGUUAAUUAUAUUUUCCUGGUAUUUAUUUUCUUUGGGAAGUAUUAUCCAAUAUUUUGGAUAACAAAUGACAUUGACAACAAAAGAUUGAAUGUAAGUAUUAUACAAAGAAUAAAUGAUAGGGAGAAGGAAAAAAAUUACAAAAUAUAUUUGUUACUAUAUACUUGUUGUAUAUACACUGAACUUACAAAAAUUAUUUGCUACAUUACUAAAUUAUAAAAAGAAAUCAUCAGUAAAUAAUAAACCUUCUCCUUAUUUGAUAGUCUAUUUAUUCUAAUUAUGGUACUUGCAUAAAAGUAGAUUCUUAGAUGUUGACUUAAACCUGUACACAUUACUGAUUUUGUCGCAAUGAUUUUUAUGAAGAAAUUUUACAUAUACAAAAUCAAUAAUAAUUUUAUUCGGUAUAUUAAAUAAUGUGUAAGAAUCUAAAGAUGAAUUCUUGAUCUAUUUAAUACUUUGUGGGGCAGCUGGGAACUGUGAUGGGAGAAGUUAGUCCGGGACCACUACCAUUGCACACACGCGUCGCCUUGCCAGGUUUGGUCGGCAAACAUUUAUAGAGACUAAUUGAUAUUGGUAAAUAAACUUACCUUUUUAUGUGUAAUAUUAUAUGUGCAACUGAUAAAUGUAUUUAUUUGAAAAGCUUAAAAAAUCUGUGCAAACUAUUAUAUCUAAUACAAUUCAUCAUAAGUAGAAUUUGGAAGAUGUUUCUAUUACUUGCUGUUUUUAUUUAGAUAUUAUAAAAAAUAAAUCAUAUAAGUUGUUAAUGAAAUGUGAGUGUAUGCUAUUAUAAUAAAUGUAACUUAUAUUAUUUUCAUUUUAUAAUUAAUAUUAUUACAUUAUUAUCUUUUGAUUGUCAUGAAUAAGUCUUGACAAAAUUAUUGACAAAAUCUUUCAUAAUCAAUAUGCAUGUGUGUAUAUAUAUGAAUUAUAUGUUACUAUGUUAUAGCAACAUAUAUAUUACAUUUAUUGGUUGUACUAAAUGUAACAAAGUUUUGUUAUAUGCAGUACCAACGAAUCAAUUAUAUGAAAAUCAAUAAAUAUAACUUAUAUUUUUCA